AUGCAGUCGCUCCAAGCACUACUGUUGGCCUUGACGGCCAGCUUUGGCCUUGCUGCCGCGCAAGUCGGUCCUCUGGGUAAAAAUGGAAGACCGACAACUUACACAGCGUACACCUUCGACCAACUUAUUGAUCAUUUCCAAACCAGCCCGCGGUAUGCGCCAAACACGAACGCCACUUUCAAGCAAAGAUACUGGUUCGACGAUACAUACUACAAGCCAGGCGGCCCCAUCUUUCUCUACAUUGGCGGCGAGGUCAGCGGGACGUCGCGCUUCUCAAAUCUCGAGACCGGCAUUAUCCAGAUCCUUAUGAAUGCGACCAGUGGGCUGGGGGUCAUCCUUGAGAACAGAUACUAUGGAGACUCGUACCCUUUCGAGAAUUCCACAACGGACAACCUUCGCUUUCUCACAACCGAGCAAACAAUAGCAGACAAUGCCUACUUUGCGCAACACGCUACAUUCCCCAAUGUUACCGGCGGAGACAACCUAACAGCCGCCUAUCACCCCUGGAUAUUGUAUGGAGGCAGUCUUGCCGGAGCACAGACCGCCUUCUCUCUAGUAGAGUACGAAGGAUUGCUCUGGGGAGGCAUUGCCGCCUCUGGUGUCAUCCAUGCAGUCCUGGGCUAUCCCGAGUGGUAUAAUCCCAUCCAGGAGAACGGGCCUCCAGACUGCAUCAGCCGGAUCAACAACAUCAUUGAUAAGAUUGACUAUCUUAUCGACACAAACAACACUGCAGCCAUUCAGCAAUUGAAGGAGAUCUUCGGGCUGGGCACAUUGAGUGACCUGAGGGACUUUGCCAUGACGAUUGCAUUCCCGCUGGGUGGACCAAUGAACUAUCCUACCAACACCUGGCAAGAGCUCAAUUGGAACCCUCCGUCCGACAACCCGGAUUUCUUCUGGUUCUGCAACAACAUCACGGAUAUGAACGCCCCUGCAAACAUCACGGCCGUGGACACUCAGCUGGCCAACUACACGAACGGAUCGGCUUGGACCGGCCUAGGUGCAUACGCCAAUUAUGUCAAGGAAGUCGUUGUCUCGAGCUGUGAAAGUGAAGAUUUGAUCAAUACUCCCGAAUGCUUUUCGACUCAGAACCAGACCUUCUACGCCAUCGCCGACAAUUCCGGCAGCAGAUCCUACCUCUACAGCACGUGCACCGAACAAGGCGCAUACCAGAUGCCCCAACCCCGCGGCACACCUUCGCUUCUCUCCCGCGUCAUCGGGCUCGACUACACGCAGCAGUGGUGCACGUGGGCGUUCCCUCCCGGCCCGCUCUCACCGCAGGCGGUCCCAUCCCCGGAUGGGCCAAACUCGACUUGGUACAACAAAUACGGGGACUUCAACCUGACUGCCCCACGCCUUGCUCUGAUCGAUGGAGGGAGCGAUGUGUGGCGGGACUUGUGCUACCACGGCCGUAACGCCAGCACACGGUAUGGAGAGAAUCAGCUGUUGAUCACGGGUGGGGGCCAUCAUUGGGACAGCACGGGGAUUCUCAACAUCAGUGCGGAGCCGGAUUUCAUCCGAGAGGCGCACCAGUGGGAGAUACGGCGGGUAAAGACCUGGUUGAAGGAGUGGAAUGCUAUGAAGGGGAAGAACGCAGUGAAACGGGACGAGCUAUGA